AUGGCUGCGCUUGGGUACCUUCUUCCUUUGGCAGGAGCUUUGCGAUUAUUGGCUCCAGCAGUUGCUGGACGCGGAGGUGGUGCAGCAAGUCUGUGGACCAUACUCAUGAUUCUGACCGCGCCUGUGUCAUCACCGCUGGGAGCGCUCACGGCAGCCAGUUGGCUUGUUUGCGGCAUCACCGACAAGAAUGCCGUCCCGUCCAGCUUCGUCAGAAGCCACUUUCGGCAGGCCUUGCUGCUGGCUUCUUUGUCGGCGCUGCUUGUAUUUCAAGAACGCACAGGGUUUUCGGCAGAGGCUGCUAGUGGCUUGGAAGGGCCAGUACCGCUUGUGAUUUCUGCGAUGCGCAGUGGGUUGCUAGGUGCGCUGAUGCUGGCAUGGCUUGUCUCCGUCCUCUUCUGCCUACUUGGUCGAUACUCAGUUCCGACAACAGACUCCAGUGGCUCCAAUCAACACGUGGAGAGCUGA